AUGUAUCAAGAGGAACUGUUUUCUAUGGUAGAAGAGCCGAAUUAUUAUAAUCAACGAGGUGAAAUUGCUACAUUCUAUUCUGGAAAAAAAAUUCUCAUAACAGGAGGUUCAGGAUUUUUAGGAAGGCUUAUAAUGGAAAAACUUUUGAGAUGUUGUCCAGAAAUAAAAUCGAUUUAUUUGCUGAUAAGAGCAAAAAAACAGCGGGAUCCGCAGACUCGAUUCAAAGAGUAUUUUAAUGAUGUCAUUUUUGAUAGAUUGAAGAGAGAGCAAAAAGAUGUCGAAAAGAAGAUUAUUCUGAUAGAAGGAGACACGAGUCAAUUGAAUUUAGGAUUGUCAGAGAAAGACCGCGAACGCAUUAAAGAUACAGAUUUGAUUUUCCACAGUGCAGCAUCCGUCCGUUUUUUGGAUAAUAUUCGUUUUAUAGUUAAUACGAAUAUUAGAGGAACAAGGGAUCUCCUUUUGCUUGCACGGGAGAUGACAAGCUUGAAGGCCUUUGUCUAUAUAUCAACGGCAUAUUCGCACUGCGUAUAUAGUAAAAUUGAAGAAAAAUUUUAUAAGCCACCUAUAGAGACAGAAGACAUAAUUAAAUUGACAGAAAUUUUGAGCGAAGAUCAAUUAGAUCUCAUUACCCCAAAGCUACUUGGUAAUUGGCCAAACACUUACGCAUAUUCAAAGGCAAUCUGUGAAGAUACUGUACGGCAAUAUUCUAAUGGAAUUCCUACUUGCAUCGUUCGGCCAUCCAUUGUUAUCCCAACGGAGAAGGAACCAAUUGCCGGUUGGAUAAACAAUCUUUAUGGAAUAACAGGUGUUACUUAUGGUAGUGCGACUGGUGUUUUACACACGCUAUAUUGCAAUGAAAACUAUAUUUGCGACAUCAUUCCUGCCGACUAUGUUGUCAACAACAUCGUUGCUGCCGCAUGGGACGUUGCACAAAAACGGUCCAUACCACAGAUUAUUAAUCUCUCAAACAGAAACAACAAAUAUUUGCCCGUUAACGAAGAGAUUCCAAUUUAUAAUGUUGUUUCCUCAGUUCAAAAACCAAUUACCUGGGGUAUUAUGGAAUCUUAUUUAAAAAUUAAAGGGCUUAAUAUUCCAUCGAAAAAAGUAUUAUGGUACUACUCCUUAUGGUUUAACCAUAACUAUUCUUUCCAUGUUUUGUUGACAAUUUUUUUGCACUGGAUACCAGCAAUUAUACUGGACUCGUUAGCUUAUCUCAAGGGAAGAAAGCCAAGAUUGCUCAAAAUCUACGCAAAUAUAGAAAAGUUUAAAAAUGUAAUUAAUUUUUUUACACUUAACGAAUGGGAAUUCACAAACGAUAACGUUUUGAAAUUAUGGGACAAGCUAUCUGUAGUCGAUAAACAUAACUUCUUUUUUAAUGUUUCUGAUAUCGAUUGGGAUUGUUUUUCUGAUACUUACAUAAAAGGAAUACGAGUCUAUUUAUUGAAAGACCCGAUGGAGACGGUUGAAGAAUCAAGACCAUUUUAUAGAAGGUUAAGAAUAGCUCAUUAUACGAUGAAAUGGUCGAUUUGUGCCUUGAUUCUUUGGAUCUUUUAUUCGUUAUUAUAUUCACUUUUUUCGUCUGUAUUUUCUUUCUAACAAUCUGUGAAAAACAACACAAUAAAGAGAUCCUUUUAUAAUUCAUUUUGUUUAGA